UCUGAGAAUUCUGCCCUCCUCUCCCUCCUCCGCUCGCCCCAGCCCUGCUCACUCACUAGCGCAGCGUAUGGUCCGCCAUGGGGUUGGAGUGAGCCCGCUGCCGAUAGUAGCGCUUCUGAGGCUGAGGGGCCUCGGCUCCUGCUGCGGCGUCCCCAGUCUCGGUUCCCGCCAUGAUCCCCAGCCCGGGUUUAUCCACCGAACCCACGUGGAGACCGAGGCUCAGGGCGCACGAGAAUGACGCACAAAGGCACGUAGUGGGCAGAGCCCACCCCUUAAAGCUCCAGGGGUGAAUUCUGCUGGGCUGGGCAGGGAGGAACGCAGAGGGGCCGCGCGGGAGGGCACCUCCGGGCCGCUGGUCUUUAACUGGGCUGGCAAGGCCAGACCCGCACCCAGCCUCUUUCCUUAGCCUGUUUCUGUUUGGUCUGGGCUACCACCCCGGUUGCAGGCCCCCGUGCACCCCGCAGGUGAGAGGGGUCCAGGGACCCCGCUUGCUACGGUGAAUUAAUCCUCCCUCCUCUCCCCUUCUCCCGCUCUCCGAGCAGUCGACCGGGUCUGACCCCCGUGGUCCGGCGUGAGUCCCAUCGUGUGUGCGCUGGGGACCGGAGCUAGGGAGGCAGCUCCUCAUUCCACCUCCAGGAAGUCAAACUGGAGGAAGGAAGGCAAACUCGGGGAGGCGGGGCUCGGUGCCACUGGGCAGCCGAGACGGCCCGCUGUCCUCAACCCCCACGCCGCUUCAGAUCCGGGAUCCCAGCGCUGGCCGGUGACCGGGCACUCUCGCGGCCAGAUGGCGGACCCCCGCCCAGGUCCUGAAUCAGAGCCCGAAUCCGUGUUCCCACGGGAGGUCAGACUCUUCGCCGACUCUUACUCGGAGAAGAGCCGGUUCUACUUCUGUGGGCACGUGCUGAGCAUCACGGAGAACUUUGGGUCCCGCCUCGGAGUGGCAGCGCACGUGUGGGACGCGGCUCUAAGCCUGUGCAACUAUUUCGAGAGUCAGAAUGUGGAUUUCCGAGGCAAGAAAGUGAUCGAGCUGGGCGCUGGGACGGGCAUCGUGGGUAUCUUGGCAGCGCUGCAGGGGGGGGAUGUUACCAUCACUGACCUGCCCCUGGUCCUAGAACAGAUCCAGGGCAACGUCCAGGCCAAUGUGCCAGCUGGAGGCCGGGCCCAGGUCCGCGCCUUGUCCUGGGGGAUUGACCAGCAUGUCUUCCCUGGAGACUAUGACCUGGUGCUGGGGGCUGAUAUCGUGUAUCUGGAGCCCACCUUCCCACUGCUGCUGGGGACCCUCCAACACCUGUGCGGGCCCCAUGGCACCAUCUAUCUGGCUUCCAAGAUGAGAGAGGAGCACGGGACAGAGAGCUUCUUUCAGCACCUCCUGCCCCAGCAUUUCCAACUGGAGCUGGCCAAGCGGGAUGAGAAUGAGAAUGUUAACAUCUAUAGGGCCAGGCACAGGGGACCAAGACCUGCUUGAUGUCAUCCUUCUGCGCCUCUGAACACCUUGUUCUAAUGAAGGAACUGCCAUAUGUCCAAGGCGUAAACAUAAGGACCAAAAACGAUGGAUUUCCCUUGCCGCUGUCUUUCCUCCUUCCCUUUUUGUUUCCUGAGAUACUCUUGGGCAGGUGCAGGGAGGUGCUAUGUGCUAGGAAUACUAGAGCCCUAGCUGUACUGGGCUAGAGUGCAAAGGAAAUUCCCAGUUCCUGUUCUCAGCAGAGGAAGAUGGGAGGGUAUCGAGGAUUUUAGGGGAAGGGGAGGUAAGUGGGAUGUGUGAACAGUGGCUGCAGAGAGACAGUCAUGAUCCCAUCUAGUCCUGCUGUUGUCUUUUUUUUUUUUUUUUGCGGUACGCGGGCCUCUCACUGUUGUGGCCUCUCCCGUUGCGGAGCACAGGCUCCGGAUGUGCAGGCUUAGUGGCCAUGGCUCACGGGCCCAGCCGCUCCGCGGCAUGUGGGAUCUUCCCAGACCGGGGCACGAACCCGUGUCCCCUGCAUCGGCAGGCGGACUCUCAACCACUGCGCCACCAGGGAAGCCCUUGCUGCUGUUGUCUUUUUAUACAGAAUGGAUUUUUUUUCCAGAUUCUACUGGAAUUUUUUAAAAAGGAAAAUAAAUAAGCAUUAAAGAUCUCUUCUGCAUCCAGAGAACUCGGGCUUUUACUGGGGGGCUGGGAAGUAAGAAAACUCCGACCACCCACUUCUUGCUUCAAGAGAUAGUCUGGUGGAACCAUGACUCUAACUGGGUCAAGUCCUCCCAGCCCUGAAGUUGGGGAUAGGCAGCAGAGCUGUCCUUUGGACCAUAGCUCCUUCACUCUUUUUGGAGUUGGAGCCCUGAUCACUAAGUACCAGGUUCUCUUUGAUUUUUCUUUAGGUUUCCAGUCCCUAUCAGUCCUUCCUUUCUAAUGUGUUUUGCCUUCACGUCUUUUCUCCUCCCACUGUGGGGCCUCUGAUGGGGGCUCUCCUGACUUACUCCUUGGGCCACACAUCACCUCCUGGGGCCUCCUGGCCUCCAUUCACUCCCCUUCAAACCAUUUUGUAAACUCUGGUGAUCUUCCAAAAUCAGCUCUGAUUAGCUUCUGCUGCUGCCCAACAGAAGCAAGAAUAAGCUCUUCUGCUUGGUACUCAGUGUGUCCCGUGUGAUCCCAAAUUAUCCUGCUACUUCAUUUCCUACUGGUUUCCUACAUGUAUGGCAACCUCUGGCCAAAUUACAAAAGGUCUACUCUUUGUUCCCUAAAUCCACACCAAGAUUCCCUGGCUUCUUCCUUCAUUCUUUUUGAUGAUUCCCUGCCUGGAAGGGCUAUUUCUACCUCUCAAAAUCUUCAUUAUUCUUAGCUUCUCUCCUGAAAAAAGCUUUUCCUGAGGCUCCUGUUUGAAUAUGAUUUCUUUCUCCCUUGAGACGCUUUAACUAACUGUUCGUCUUGUGAGGCUUACCUUGUCUUGUGUGAUCAUUUGUCUGCUCCCUAUUUUCUCACCAUUAGAUUACCUUGGAGGGCAGGGCUGUGGUUCCUGGCACACAGUUGGUGUUCAUCAAAUAUUUUUGUUCCUUCAACAAAUAUUUACUCCUCCUCCCUAUGUGACCUUGGCCAAACUUCUGAACCCACCCAACUACCUCACAAGUUUGUCAUGAGUCAUAAAUGGAUAAUGAAUAUGAAAGUACAUUGGAAAUAAAC